ACAUGAUUGCGUUGACGAGGGGCAAGGAGAAAUAAACGUCUGUACGAUGUAACAACUUCGUGAGACGAUUUCGUUGCAUUUCCAGCGUCAGUUAAUUGAAACAUCACGCGUGGACGAGAAGAAAAAAGAACUUUACGAUGAAGUUUCUCAUCAUAUUUCUCGUAUUGUCCGGCGCGCGGAUAAUCAGUCCGUGGACCUACUUUUCAAAUUGUAACAAAUUGGUCAGCUACAAGGCGUCUCGUUACGUGCCAUACAGCGAGACAUAUCGGGUCAGCAAAUGGGGUAUCUUUUACGAAACGAAAAUACGAUGGAAUUACAGGGUAGAGUAUUACACCGCGUAUCGUACAGAGAAAGCUUGUUGCACAAAUUUUAAACUGACAGAAGAGGGUGAGUGUGAACCUAUUUGCGAUCCUGAAUGCGUGAACGCUAAAUGCACCGAGCCCGGCACGUGCUUAUGUUACGUGGAUUACACCAAGUCCGAGACACACGAUCACGUUUGUGAACCGAUCUGUCCAAGCUGCGUUCACGGAACGUGCAAAACACCGUAUGUUUGCACUUGCGACGAAGGAUACCGGAUGAACAAGACCGAGAGUAUUUGCGAACCAAUUUGCGACCUGGACUGUACAAAAGGACACGCGUAUUGCUCGCGUCCACAAGUAUGCACCUGUGACGAUGGCUACACUCCUAUAUCCAAGUAUAUAGUCUCAGAGAAUAAAAUAUGCAAACCCGUCUGCGACGUCGAUUGCGUGAACAGCGAUUGCGUCGAACCGAAUGUUUGCGCUUGUCACGAUGGCUACGAAAUGGAUCCUGACAAUAAGUUCAGCUGCAAACCUAUAUGCCCGAGUACUUGUGUAUGGGGUACUUGCAAAACACCAUUUACGUGCACCUGCAAUCCAGGUUACCGAGCUCACAAUGUUCUUGGGGUCGUACUGUGCAAACCGAUCUGCAGCGAGCCAUGCGUGGAGGGUAAAUGCAUAGCACCCGAGACUUGUGCUUGUUACGAGGGUUACGGUCUACUAGAAGAUUCAAAAUAUAUCUGCAAACCGAUUUGUGAGAAAGCUUGCGUGAAUGGAACGUGCACAGCUCCUGGAGUUUGUUCUUGCAACGAGGGUUACCGAUUGAGCGGUGACGAGACGAUGAAACACGUCUGCGAACCUUACUGCCAGGUCCCCUGUGAACCGUACGGACAAUGCACAGCGCCUGACACUUGCACCUGCUUCGAGGGGUACCAACUUGGUCACAAAAAUCAAAAUUCCGAAGGUUUCAAAUACUUCGCUAUGAACUCAACCUGCAUGCCGAUCUGCGAGCAAACCUGCGUCCACGGCUAUUGCAGCGAACCAGGGGUCUGCACUUGCCAGCCAGGAUAUAAAAAAUCUGCACACAAUCCAAACAUUUGCGAACCCAUCUGCGAGAAGGAAUGCGUGAACGGUUACUGCAACGGUCCAAACACAUGCAUUUGCGAUCCAGGCUAUCAACCACUGUCCGGAGACUUGAAUCAUCAUUGUGUACCCGUUUGUGGCAUGCCUUGUAAGAACGGUUUCUGCUUUGCGCCCAACUCUUGUCGCUGCAACAGUGGCUACGAAUUGAACCCGGACGAUCAAUUCAUUUGCGAACCAAUAUGCCACAAUGGGUGCCCAUUUGGAACUUGUACUGCACCGGAUACUUGCACUUGCAACAAAGGAUAUUCAUUAGAAAACACAGGAGUCUGCGAACCCGUCUGCGAAGAACCCUGCGUGAACGGUUAUUGCAUUGCUCCGAAUUUGUGCAGUUGCAAUUCAGGCUACCAACUAUCGAAGAAUCAUGCAAACGUUUGUGAACCGAUCUGCGAGCAAAAGUGCAUAAACGCAUUCUGUAAUGCACCGAACAAAUGCGAGUGCAAUGAAGGCUAUCAACCGUCGAAGAAUGAUUCUCACGUUUGUGAACCGAUCUGCGAACAAAAGUGCAUAAACGCAUUUUGCAAUGCACCGAACAAAUGCAAAUGCAAUGAUGGCUAUCAAGCGUCGAAGGAUGAUUCUAACGUUUGUGAACCGAUCUGCGAGCAAAAGUGCAUAAAUGCAUUCUGCAAUGCACCGAACAAAUGCAAGUGCAAUGAUGGCUAUCAAGCGUCGAAGAAUGAUUCUAACGUUUGUGAACCGAUCUGCGAGCAAAAGUGCAUAAACGCAUUCUGCAAUGCACCGAACAAAUGCAAAUGCAAUAAAGGUUAUCAAUCGUCGAAAGAUGAUUCUAACGUUUGUGAACCGAUCUGCAAGCAAAAGUGCAUAAACGCAUUCUGUAAUGCACCGAACAAAUGCGAGUGCAACGAAGGCUAUCAAUCGUCGCAGGGUAAUUCGAACGUUUGUGACCCAAUCUGCGAACAAAAUUGCAUUAAUGCAUACUGCAGCGAACCGAAUAAAUGCGAGUGCAAUCAAGGCUAUCAAUCGUCGAAGAAUGAUUCCAACGUUUGUGAACCGAUCUGCGAGCAAAAGUGCAUAAACGCAUUCUGCAAUGCACCGAACCAGUGCAGCUGCAACGAUGGCUACGUAUACACAUUUUCCGAAGAGUCGUAUUAUGAACCUUGUACUGAUCCAAGUCGUCACAACUGCACGGAAAAUGCAUACACAUGUGUGCCCAUCUGCGACUUCAAUUGUGGAAACGGUAACUGCACUUCUCCAAACGUGUGCACAUGUCACGAGGGUUACGAAAACAACGAGAGAGGAAGUUGCAUACCCUUCUGCAGCUCGUGCAAGGAUGGAAGCUGCGUUGCGCCUGAGUACUGCGAGUGCAACGAAGGCUACGUCCACAAAAUGGAAAAUCGAAGCGUCUGCGAACCUUUCUGCGAGGAAUGCGAGAACGGUGAAUGCGUUGCACCAGGUGACUGCAAAUGCAACGUUGGUUUUAUCAAAGAGAUGGAUAACACGGUUGAAAAUGGCGGCAAGCUGCGCUGCAUCAGCAUUUGCGAAAGUAAUUGCACCGGUCAUGGGACUUGCAACCUGGAGAACAGAACCUGCGACUGUUAUUACGGUUGGAAUGGGUUAGACUGCGAGGAACCAUCGUUCUGUAUUCUACAAAUGGAUAAUGAUACAGAAUAUCUAAAUAUGACCGUCGUGGAUCAUGUGAACGAAACGAUAGAUUACGUGUUCGCGAGCAGCCCAUUAUGCACCUACAGUUGUUUCGAAGAAAUCAGUAACGAAAGUUUAUGCUUUGGAAAAUAUAGGAGCGAUAACGCUGAAAAUGACACGAUUGCGUGUUUAAUCAGCACAGAUUUAGGCUGCCACGCGGUACAUGCGGAACGUGUAAGUAAAUUGAAUUAUGUUACCGUAAUUGGAAUAGUUGGAAUAGCAACGAUCUCGACGGCCAGCGUCGCGACGAUUUACUUGCUAAUUCGAAAACACCGGAAACGAAGAUUUUCACUGGGUAAUUUUUUGGAAAACGUAAAUCAGCAGGAAGAGCUACGAAUUGUCAUGAUAUCUGGCAUCCUGUCUUGCUCGGAUAACGCGAAGCACAUAAUUGGAGGGAGACAGAUAUUUAUACAAAAUGAUGUGCCCAAUUAUCGUCAGUUUGCCACCGUUCGUGCGCGAAGACAAGAAGAAACAAUCAUGCAAUUCAUUGUCGGUUGUAUCAUCCUUCUAAACGUGGUCCUUCUGAACGGGUCCUUUCUAUCGAUGAGAAAAUACGACCCGACAAAGUGCGACGUAUCUGUAAGUGAAAAGGUACCCGUACGAGUACCCUAUGUGGAAACCUACAAGGCUCGACUUUGGGGACUUUUCUAUAAGAUUAAGAUGCGUCUCAACUAUAGGACCGAAUAUAAAGUCAUUUGGAAGACGGAGACAAGAUGCUGCAACGGUUACGAAGAAUCGAGCUACGAUUCCUGUGUACCGCAUUGCUCGUCGGGCUGCGAACACGGUGUUUGCGUACAACCUGAGACGUGCAAAUGCAACGAAGGAUAUCAAUUGUCCCAUUUCAAGUCACAGUGCGAGCCGGAUUGUCACAGAAAUUGUGUGAAAAGUAGGCACGCUUAUUGCGAGGCGCCAAACGUCUGCGUUUGCGAAUCAGGCUACGAGAUAGCCGAUUCAAGGGAGGAAACCUUUAAUUGCACACCGAUCUGCAGAAAACCGUGCCAGAACGGCAAAUGCACGGCGCCGGACGUAUGCACUUGCAACGACGGCUAUCGAUUGAUGAUCUAUGACGAUUUGUACUGCGAGCCGAUCUGUCACGAGAAUUGCAAUAAAAGUAACCACGCUUAUUGCAAAUCGCCACACGUCUGCGUUUGCGAAUCAGGCUACCAGCUAGCCGAUCCGAAGAACUCGACCUCCGCUUGUAUACCGAUCUGCAAGGAACCAUGCGAGAACGGUAAAUGCACCGCGCCAAACGUUUGCAUCUGCAACAGCGGCUACGUGAACAACGGCGACGGAUGUGUACCGAAAUGCACACAGAACUGUCUGUUUGGCAUUUGCACGGCUCCAAACACUUGCACCUGUAACCCGGGCUAUCGAACGAACGAGAAGAACGUCUGCGAACCGAUCUGCAGUGAACCUUGCGUGAAGGGUAAAUGCAUCGCGCCUGAAAGCUGCAGCUGCGACGAUGGCUACGGACUGUUGAACUCCUCGAAAUAUAACUGCCAACCGAUCUGCGAGAAAGCUUGCGUGAACGGCGUGUGUACAACUCCAGAAGUCUGCACCUGCAACGAUGGCUACUGGUUCAACGGCCCGGAGGAAGAGAAACACGUGUGUAAGCCCUACUGCAGGAAUCUCUGCGAACCAUAUGGAACCUGUAUCGCGCCGGACACUUGCAGUUGCUUCGAUGGAUACCGAGCGAUCGAGCCAAUCGAGAACGACAUACCUGACAACACCACGAGAGAACAAGUGCCAGCCUGCGAGCCGAUCUGCAUUCAGAAGUGCAUCAACGGGAAAUGCAUCGAGCCAAACGUUUGCCAGUGCAACCCCGGUUAUCGUCCGACGACGAGUAACGAUUCCAGCACCUGUGAACCCGUCUGUCAGACACCCUGCGGAUCGAACAGUACCUGCACCGAGCCUAACGUUUGCACCUGUUAUCCAGGAUACGGGCCAACGAUGAACGAUGUCGGAAAUAAUUGCGAACCUAUUUGCGAGACCAGUUGCACUUCGAACAGCAGCUGCACUUCUCCUAAUGUUUGCACUUGCAACGAAGGCUAUCUGCAAGACGGGAAAGGUCUUUGCAAACCGUUUUGCUCGUCUUGUAACAAUGGCACCUGCGUCGAGCCGAACGUCUGCCAAUGUUUGGAGGGUUUCGUUCGCACGAAUAAUUCCAUUUGCGUACCGUACUGCGAGAAUAACUGUGAAAACGGAGAUUGCUUGGGACCGAACGAGUGUCGAUGUCACGAUGGAUUCGAGAUGUCUCGGGACAACAACAGCUGCGUGAAAUCUUGUAGACGAGUUUGCAAUGGUUACAGUGUUUGCGUGGGCGACGGUUGUGAGUGUUCUUACGGUUGGUCGGGACCCGAUUGCGACCUACCCACCGUUUGUAUCCUUUUGGUGGAUCCCAGUGAUAAAAGUCUAGAUGGAUUCACUGUUCACAACAAGACGAAUAAUACUCUAAUGGAUGCUCGACAUUAUGCACCACAGUGUUAUCGGUGUAAUCAAGCAAAUGGUAAUAGAAGUUUAUGCUUCGUCGUUCCAUCUGACAAUGGUUCGUCCUCGGUUGGUUGUUUCAUCGAAAUGGAGUCACCGUGCUAUCUGGCAUUUCAAAGCAACAACAAGAACUCAGUCUCCACGAUGGCUGACACUUUAGCAGUGGUCACGAUUAUAAUCGUGACAGGUGCAACAAUGGCAACGUACAUUCUGAUUCGUAGACAUCGGAAGAAAAAGAUGGAAGAAGUUAUUGCUCAGAGUACAAUAUUCCGAGGAUCUACCUCUAGCCAAUGCUUAUUACCCGAAGGGACCGCUUCUGUCCACUAAGUCUCAAGAUUUGUAAUCAAAUACACAAUUAGAUUUUGUACAACAAUCUCGUCCACCCUGUCGUCGAUACUCGUAUCCUAUAGCAACGUCGAACGAAGCCAAAUGACUUCUUCCAAUACGAUACACAAACCUCCAUUACCCCUUCUACCCUCUUACAGUAUCGUUGCGACUUCCUAAAAAGACCUUCGUAGAAAUCAAGAAUAGAGUCCUUGCAGUAAAUUAA